UAUGUUUACAGGUCUGAUGUUGAAGAAACAGUUCACACAGUUUAUCAAGAUGUUUUUGAAGAUGAACAAGAGGAGAAACGACGCGUGCGGGAGGUGAAAUCAUCAAAAAAACAAGUAGUUUUUAAAGGCGCCAAAACGAACGAUGCGUGGAGUCUGGCGUGGCCGAGCAACAAAAAACGGGACAUAAUGUACCGCGAAUCGAACUGUUUUCUGGUCCCCAGUCGCUAUGUGGCGAAGCAUUCGGACAGAAUUUUAAUAAAAAGCAACGAAAUUGGAAAGGAAAGCAAACCGGAUAUAGCUCCGACUGUGGAAGUUGAUAACUGAAAUUUAAUAAACAAUUUUUAAC